UUGCUAUGGCACUAUUUGGAGACACUACUUCACACAGCCAAACACAAUUGAACCUUUACGUUGUUUAUUAAGUUAAUUUAAAAAAAAGUCGUUUAGCAGUUUGUCCUCUGCAGUUAUCUUAAUACAUUUCAAAUGAGAUUUCUGAAACAUUUUAAACGAACAGACGUCAGAGAUAAGUCGAAAUAAUAACAAACAAGGACUUUUAAUUUGGAACGGCACACGUUUGUGAUUGAAUCCGUUGACUUCACCAAGUCGGCCAACAUGGCAGGAGGAAAGAAGAGAGCCUCUACUCUACCAUCAAAACUUCAGAAAACUCUUUCCUCCAUAUGGCAAGACAAACACAUGGUGUUGUUCAAAGCAGAGUACACGUUCUUGGUCACGGCCGUCCUUUGGUUCCUGGAAAUUGGGAUUAACAUAUGGGUGAUCCAAAAAGUUGCAUACACGGAGAUCGACUGGAAGGCGUAUAUGGAUGAGGUGGAGGGAGUUAUUAACGGCACAUAUGACUACACGCAGCUGAAGGGCGACACCGGGCCGCUGGUGUAUCCAGCUGGUUUUGUGUAUAUAUUCACUGGACUGUAUUAUCUUACCGGUCAUGGACAGAAUAUCCGCUUGGGUCAGUAUAUGUUCGCUGUUUUCUACCUCAUCACCCUCCUGCUUGUGUUUCGCAUUUACCAUCGCACCAAAAAGGUUCCUCCAUACGUGUUCUUCUUUGUCUGCUGUGCUUCAUAUCGGAUUCACUCCAUCUUCAUCUUGCGCCUCUUUAAUGAUCCAGUAGCCAUGAUGCUGCUAUUCGGAGCCAUCAAUCUCUUCCUGGAUAGCCGCUGGACUCUGGGAUGUGCCCUCUACAGUUUAGCUGUGUCUGUGAAGAUGAAUGUUCUGCUCUUCGCUCCUGGUCUCCUCUUCCUCCUCCUGUGUGAGUUCGGCCUGUGGAGAACUUUACCUAAACUCGCUCUCUGUGCUGUAAUUCAGCUGGCGUUGGGACUGCCGUUCCUCUUGGCGAACCCGGUCGGGUAUGUUAGUCGGGCGUUUGACUUGGGCAGGCAGUUUCUGUUUAAGUGGACGGUGAACUGGCGUUUUCUUCCCGAGGAUGUGUUCUUGAGUCGAUACUUCCACCUGGUUCUGCUUUUGGCUCACAUUGCUACAUUGGCUCUGUUUGCGCUGAAGAGAUGGAAGAGGUCUGGGAACAGUAUUUGUUCUAUUCUAACAAAUCCGUCUGAGAGAAAAGAGACUGUACAAAAGCUCAAUGCUGAUCAGAGAGUUUUGAUUCUUUUCACUUCUAAUUUCAUCGGGAUGUGCUUCAGUAGGUCACUGCAUUAUCAGUUUUAUGUCUGGUACUUCCAUACGCUGCCCUUCCUGCUGUGGAGUGGAGGAGUCAAGAAACUUGCCCACCUACUCCGGGUGUUGAUUCUGGGCCUGAUAGAGCUGUCCUGGAACACGUAUCCGUCCACCAACUACAGCUCCCUAUCACUGCAUGUCUGCCAUUUCAUUAUCCUGCUCUGUUUGUGGCUCAACCCAACCCCGGCUCCUCAGUCUCAAAAGUCAGAAAACAAGGCUAAACACCAUUAAACCUCAACCUGACCAGGGCACUCGCUGUGUGGGAUGCUUCCUGGCCUCCAGCCCCAUCUGCAAGCUCCUGUACAAGCGGGACACAAAGGGGCUGCCAGGGACCUGUGCCCGGAGUCGGUAUGAGGGGUUUUUGUUAAUGGAGGAAGGUUCUUAUCUGUGGAUCUCAGAGAGUUUACAAUGCUUCUCAGGAUUCUUAGACUAAUGUGAUGCAUAGUCAAGGUUGUCGGUGUGGAAAAUGUGAAUGAAUCUUUGUUGGAAAACUUUUUUUUUUUUUUUUUUUUUUUUUUAAAUAGCAACACAGUUGACCUUUGAGACCUCAAAGAUCGCUUCUUCUUGGUCAAUGGACUUAUUCAUUUAUUUGUACAAGAUGUUAUAUAUAAUUGCACUUCAACAGUGAAGGGUUAGUUCACCCAUUAAUUCUGUCAUGUGCACGGCUGUCGCCUUCAUGUCUUUCCAAACCGGUAAGAUCUUCGUUCAAGAUGUUGUUUAUGAAAUCACAGACAGCGACCACAUUCAAGGCCCAGAAAAAUAUUAAAUUAAUCCAUGAGACCUCAGUGGUUCAAUUGGAAUAUGAAGCAACCAGAGUACUUAUUGUGUGCAAAGCAAACAAAAAUAACAACUAUAUUCAAUCAUUUCUUAUCUUCUUUGAUAUUUGUUGAUGUAGAACCUGGAUGCACUGCGGCAUGUUUACAAGCUGAGGAACAUGCAAGCUGUCAUCAUGCCUGAAGGUUUUGAAAGAGAGGAUGACUUAGUCAUGGCUUCAGUCGCUUUGAAUCAAUUACUGGGGAGGCUUUCAUCUGUCCCCGACGGUAAUGCAUUUUUACGUACUCUCACUGGUUUCUCAUGAUUCAAGGAUACAGGAAUACACCAAGACCUAAAGCAAAAUCAAUGUAGAAUUCUAGAGCUUGCAUACAGCAUGUCUUUCUCACCUUGUAAACAUGGCGCAGAACAUCUGGGUUCUACAUCUGCAGAACGCCUGCUCCUGAGUCAAUCAGUAGGUAGCUUCAUCACAUGACAGUUGAACCUCUGGUGUCACAUUAACUAUUUCAGUGAUGUUCUUGCUAUCUUUCUCGAACAUGCCAGUUGCUCUGCUGUUUAUGCAGAGACAGAAAGUUCUCGGAUUUCACCUAAAGUAUCUUAAUUUUAAGAAAAACUCAUGCUGGUUUGGUAGGACAUGAUGGUGGUGAUUUAAAUAAUGCCUGAAUAGUUGAAUAGAUGUUUUUCUCCAGCCGUUCACAUUUGUGUCUCAAACGGUUCAUAGAGUUACAUUUAUAGGGCCCAAAGGAACAGCAUAGAUCUGCAUUUCCAUUUCUUUUUAGUAGUUGUUUGUUUUCCGUCUUUGGUCUUACUUUUUUGUGUUCUCUACCUUUUUUCUUUCUAGCAUAAAGAGAGAUAUUUAUUGCUGAAAUGCUUCAUAUUUAGAGUGUGAUUUUUAUUUUUCUGUUAUGAAGAGUGAAUGAAUGUUCUUAUGAAUCUUACUCUUACGAUAUUCUUGCUUGCUUAUGCAUAAUAUUCAUUUGCCUAAUCCAAAGUGUAGCCCGUAAUCCAACUGUUGUCCAUGAUUUUAUUCCAUUUCCACGUUUUUUGACAGGCUCAGGGUAUGAAAGUUUGGGCAAAACCAGCCUGAAGGUACAGUAAAUUUAAAGCCCUUAAUGUUUGAAACAACAGUAUCUUAAAACCUGGAGAAGCUUCAUUUGAAAUCAUUCAGAGCAUUUUAUUGUACAGAUUUGUAAGUGAUUGAAAAUAAAAAGUCAAUUUCAUAACA